GUUAGAGAAGUGGUUUCAGCUUUUCCGCGGUCUCACUUCCAGCCCGGGGAGAGCCGGCCCGUCGAGCGCACCGGGCGGGCGCCUGCGGGAGGCGGCGGCAGGUUUCAGAUCAGAAUUUAUGAGUAAAUGGGAUAGCAGCAUCCCAAAAUAUUCCUGAGCUGAGAUUGUGACAAUGGACAGAAUACAACGAGACUGUGCCAGUCCUGUGCCACCAGGAGAUGCAGAGAGGGACAGGACUGGAGAACAAGACCCAGAACUAACUGUGUUGGGAAAAGCACAAGAGUUCUUUCAGAUUUGUGAUCUGGAAGGCAAAGGCUUCGUCACUCGUCAAGACAUGCAGAGACUGCUUCCUGAGUUACCUCUUAGCCUGGAAGAGCUUGAAAAAGUUUUUAUUACAUUGGAUGCUGAUGGCAAUGGCUCACUUACUCCAAAGGAGUUCAUCACAGGACUCAGCCAGUUUCUUUUGGGGCAGUUUGCUUUGAAAAAUGACAUGAUGCAGCAAUCAGGUGAAACAGCCUGCCCAAUUAUAUGCAAAGAGACCAUGGGUGAUGAUGAGGAUGAAGAAUUCCAGUUCUCCAAUCUGAUGGAUCGGCUUGGAGCUAAAAAGGUUUUAAAUGAUGAGAGUGAUGUGAAGCAACUUUGGUUGCAGCUAAGAAAAGAUGAACCUCAUUUACUUUCCAAUUUUGAAGAGCUCUUGGUCAGAAUUUUCUCCCAGCUCCAAGAAGCAGAUAAUGAGAAGAAUGAAUUGGAAUGCGCUCUAAAAAAGAAAAUUGCUGCUUAUGCUGAAGAAAUUCAACAUCUCUAUGAGGAAAUGGAACAGCAAAUCAAAAAGGAGAAAGAGCAGUUUCUGUUGAAAGACACAGAGAGGUUUCAGACCUACAGUAAGGAGCUGGAGUGCAAACUACUGUCAAAGGAACAAGAACUGGAACAAUUGGUUCAAAAACAGAAAAGGCUAGAGCAUCAAUGUACAGAACUCCUCAGCGGUAAAGAGGAAACCAAAGUAGAGAACACCAAGCUGAAGCUCACUAACCAGGAGCUGUUGAAAGAUCUGGAGAGAGCAUCUCAUGAACUAAGCCUGGCUCAACAACAGUUGGAAGUGCUUCAGAAGGAGGCAUCAAGACUACAUGAGGAGAAGGAAAUGGAGGUGUACCGAGUGACAGAAACCUUACAGAGAGAGAAGUCAGGGCUUCUGAAGCAGCUGGAUCUUUUAAGAGAGAUGAACAAACAUCUCAGAGAUGAACGUGACAUAUUUUUACAGAAACGCAAAGCAAGUGUUCCAAAAGCCAGCUGGAAGCAAAGAUCAGGGUCUGUCAUUGGGAAAUACAUAGAGGGGAAGAUGCUGCCUAACAGCCAUUUAUCUGAAGAAGAUGAUAUUUUCAGUAACUCAAAGAGAAGGGAUUCUGCUGGACUGAAUGGAGUUCUCUCUGAAGAGCCUGAUGCUGGAAUCACUGGAGGAAUGUCUAAAACAUCACGUCUCCAAAGAAUAAUAUCAAUUGAAGAAGAUCACCUACCCCAGCUUCUUGACAGGCUGGUUGAUAAGCAGCUGAACAGAUGGACUGGGGAAGAUGGCAGUACUUCUGAGAUGGAAGUGCAUAAGAAAAACACAGAGCAGUCAAUGGAACACUCGCCUUCAUCUUCUAGAGAGCAACCUGUAGGGAAGGAAACGCUGUCAAAUGAGGAGAGAAUAAACUCUGUCCCAGAGCACUUAUUCAAGAUUAUUUUUGUGGGCAAUUCGAGUGUGGGAAAGACUUCAUUCUUAAGAAGAUUUUGUGAAGAUCGUUUUUUCCCAGGCACAGCUGCUACUGUAGGUGUGGAUUACAACGUGAAAACUGUCACAGUAGAUAAUACCCAAGUAGCGCUGCAGCUCUGGGACACUGCUGGCCAGGAACGGUACCGAAGUAUUACCAAGCAGUUUUUCAGAAAAGCUGAUGGUGUCAUUGUGAUGUAUGAUAUAACAGCAAAAGACACAUUCACAGCUGUCAGGCAGUGGCUGAUAAGCAUUGAGGAGGCAACUGGGGAGGAUGUGCCUGUCCUUUUGUUGGGUAAUAAAACUGAUAAUGAAAAGGAACGUGAGGUCCCUAUGGGAAUGGGAGAGCAUCUUGCUAAGGAUUACCAUUUAAUUUUCUAUGAAUGCAGUGCAUGUUCUGGGUACAAUGUGGAAAAGUCUGUGCUUCACUUAGCUAGGUUUUUAAAAGAACAUGAAGAUAAAGUGAAAGAGAAAACCAUUGAACUUCAAUCUGAUAUGAAUAAAAAGUCUUGCUGUAUCAGGCAAUAAAAUGCUGGGGCGUGUCAUACGUUUAUACGACACUACAUAGCACUGUCAGAUUUGCUUUUAUCUGCCAAAUAUUCUGCUGUGUUCUGAGUGUAGGUGUAAGUGAAACUUAAAAUCUUCAUGUGCUCUGAUCUCCGCUUUUAUAAAUAUUACCUUCAGUUAAUUGACAAUGUAUUUGGGGCAGUAACAGUCUUUUAAUUCUGUUUGAUGCCUAACACCACUGAAUCCUGCUUUAUUAUCAGGCUUGUAGAAGAUACCAUUUUAUUAAUAAUAAGAAAUAACUUUAUAGGAAGAAAACUACUUGGAAUGUGAAGUAAAUUCUUACUGAUGUUAAUGACCUGUCUUCUGAAUACUGCUUAUUUCAGAGCUCUUUAGAUCCUGAUU